AACAGGUUACUAGUGGCUGAUUUUAGUGUACGGUGAGUCCUCAACCAGAGAAUCGCAGCCCCUACACUGCUACAUACAGUCACGCAGUACAUCGUACGAGGCGGGAAACUGGGAACCCUACCUGCCGAGAAACUUUCCCUCCCAUCUUCUUCUGCUUCUUCUUCUCUCUCUCUCUCUCUCUCUCUCUGUUCCCAUGGGUAUCAAGGGUUUAACGAAGCUUCUUGCCGACAGCGCUCCCAAGUCCAUGAAAGAGCAGAAAUUCGAGAGCUAUUUUGGCCGCAAAAUCGCCAUUGAUGCCAGCAUGAGCAUCUACCAGUUCCUAAUUGUUGUGGGUCGAACGGGCACUGAAAUGCUUACCAAUGAAGCUGGUGAAGUCACUAGUCAUUUGCAAGGGAUGUUUACUCGGACAAUUAGGCUGCUUGAAGCUGGAUUGAAGCCAAUAUAUGUUUUCGAUGGAAAGCCUCCAGAUUUGAAAAAACAAGAGCUUGCAAAACGUUACUCAAAAAGAGCAGAUGCUACCGAGGACUUGAACCAGGCAUUAGAGACGGGCAACAAGGAAGACAUUGAGAAAUUCAGUAAACGAACAGUGAAGGUGACAAAGCAGCAUAAUGAAGACUGUCAAAAACUUUUAAGACUCAUGGGAGUGCCUAUAAUUGAGGCUCCUUCAGAAGCUGAGGCACAGUGUGCUGCGCUGUGCAAAUCUGGAAAGGUUUAUGCGGUCGCAUCUGAAGACAUGGAUUCUUUAACUUUUGGAGCCCCUAGAUUUUUACGCCAUUUAAUGGACCCAAGCUCAAAGAAAGUCCCUGUCAUGGAAUUUGAAGUUUCAAAGGUUUUGGAGGAGCUGAAUCUGAGCAUGGAUCAAUUUAUUGACUUGUGCAUUCUUUGUGGGUGUGAUUAUUGUGAUAGCAUUCGGGGUAUUGGGGGCCAGACUGCAUUAAAGCUGAUCCGGCAACAUGGCUCAAUAGAGAAUAUACUGGAGAAUAUAAACAAAGAGAGGUACCAAAUACCUGAUGACUGGCCGUAUCAAGAAGCUCGAAUCCUAUUUAAAGAACCAGCAGUAUUUUCUGAUGAAGAGCAUCCUGAGAUUAAAUGGAGUGCUCCAGAUGAAGAAGGGCUGAUAACUUUUCUUGUCACUGAAAAUGGGUUCAACAGUGACAGAAUUACAAAGGCGAUAGAAAAAAUCAAAGCAGCCAAGAACAAGUCAAGUCAGGGCCGAUUAGAAUCCUUCUUUAAACCAGCUGCUAGCAUGUCUGCACCCAUUAAAAGAAAGGAAACUAAAUGCAUGCUUGGAUCUCCAAAAUCAAUAAUCAAGCCUAAGAGGUUCUCUCUGCAAGCAUGUGUGCCCUCCAGGCCCAACAUGAUUGGCAACCUGAGCCUGCCAACUCUAGCUUUGGGUCCCACAUGCUCUACACCAUUACCCAGAGGUGUCUGCUUCAGCAUACGAGGCUGAAAAUCCUGGAGACAACAGAGAAGAAGGACAAGGAAACUAGUAACAAAAAGUCUAAAGCUGGUGGUGGUAGGAAGAAGAAAUAGUUGAGUUAGCAUUGAAGCCUUGAAUACACUGAUGGAUCUAAUUGCACCCUUACCAGGUAAAUGUCAUAAUUGAUGCAUCUUUUUGUGUAUUUAUGGGGUAUGCUGCAGGCUGCGGCAUAGUUACCCAAAAUUCCAGAUUGGUGUCAUAUCUCUACAAUUACAUUAUACUGAAAUUAGUGAAUCUUCAAUUUUGUUAUCAGUGGAUUGUCAAUUAGUAUACCAACUUUGUCUGGUGUGCGAUUUUAGGUAUGCAUAAAACCUACUUUGGAUGGGUUCAAUGAAACCGAUUUUAGGUUGGCGAGUCCCAGAUUCACAAUUUUGCCUGCCUUGUCUUACGUGUGGAAGUUUUCGAGUUCCAUGGAUUUGGAUAAACCCAUUUGUUUAAUGUCUGUUUUAUGUGAUCUCCUAGCUUUUGUUUCUUCGUUUUACUUGGGCUUGUUAUGAACCGAAUGGUAUGUAAAAUAACCAUAAAUCUUGAUCUUUAACCUUCAACCAACAAAACGAAACACUUCUCUGUUUA